AUGAUCAUCAUGUUCUUACAUUUCCUCACUCCUCUGGUCCCGACCUUCGUGGCCCGCGUUCUUUCCCCCUCCAUUGUCUUCCUUUCUGCUUUUACUCUUUUUUCUGCUCAUCUCCAGCCUCCAAAUUCCCCCUCUCCUAUCACGCCAGUUGUCGUCGCUACUGCUGUUCCCCGUCGUGCCCUGAUAUUGACCUUGCUAUCUCUUAUCGCUUUCACCUACUUCUUGGAUGGCAUCGCCUUUGUUACUUUUGCAGUGCUAGACCACCAUUGGCCCAGUCGUUCUGGAAUCCCAAUCAACACUAUCACGGGUGUGAUUGCCUUCUCUGGUUUGGCCGCCCUUGGAACAUGGAAAGACGUCCAUGGUAUAGAUGUUUGGUCCUUGAAAAGAGUAAAGGUCGCAGUGGCUGCGUCGCUUGCUCUUGAUCUCAGUUUGACCGUCCUACUCACUCUGCAUCUACGCCAACCCGAAACUCCUGUUUUUACAAUUCGUACUCUGGUCCACGUCGUUUUCCCUGCCCUUCGAGUCUUGCUUCUUGCUCCAUUGUUAGCGGGCCUCGUGACACCUCGGAUAACUUAUAGUUCUGUUCAAAAUUACGAUGAUAUAGAGACACCAGCAGUUGAACCCACUGUCUCCACCUUUUUAUUGGCUCCGGAGAGUGGUCCACAAUCCUCAACAGGAUUGACUGCUGUUCCUGGACCUGGUGAGAAUAGUAAAUAUGGCACAUUCCGUAACAAUCGCUCUACUCUGCAAGCCUCGGUACCGACAACUCGUGCUGCCACUCCUGCUCCCUCUACCGGUCCAGAUACAAAGUCGGAACCCAAACCAGAGAUAUCUUUUGAACCCAGCUGGUCAGAACUUUGGGCGCGUAUUCGUCGCCUGUCCCCUCAUUUGUGGCCGAAGAAGAAUUUAUCUCUUCAAUUCGUUGCUGUCAUUUGCAUUAUUAUCCUACUUCUGGGUCGUGUCAUUAAUUUGGCCAUGCCCAUCACAUUGUCGAAGUUAAUCGAUAUCCUCGAAGGCCGAUCCAACCAAUCACCUUGGUUGUAUCUACUGGGAUACGUUGGUCUGCGUUUCCUUCAAGGAAGUGGAGGGUUGUCAGCUAUUCGAGAUAGUCUGUGGGCACCUGUCAUGCAGUACUCAGAUCGAGAAAUGUCGCAGCUUUCUUUCGACCAUUUAUUAAAUCUUUCUUAUGCGUGGCACACUCGCCGCAAAACCGGAGAAAUUCUGCGUGUCUUGGAUCGCGGUGCUGCUAUUAACCGAACUCUGGAGUUGGUCCUCUUUAGCAUAUUACCAACGUUCAUCGACAUUUUUGUGGCCUUGGUCGCAUUUGUUUACUUUUUUAAAUGGACGUUGGCUCUCGUGAUAUUUGUUGUAAUGUUCGCAUAUGUCUCCGUCAGCGUCAUUCUCACCACAUGGAGGACCCGUCUAAGGCGUCAAAUGAAUGAACGUGAUGUUGCUACUCGCGGUAUUCACACGGACUGUUUACUCAAUUAUGAGACUGUCAAGUAUUUCGGUGGCGAAGAGCACGAGGGACGACGCUACAGUGAAGCCAUUCAAGAAUACCAAGCUUUGGAAUAUAAAGUUAUAUUAUCCCUCAAUCUUUUAAACCUUGUUCAAAAUUUCAUUAUAACCUCAGGCCUACUAAUCGGCUCGUUCAUGGUUGCAUACGAGAUAACAUCGGGAGAUAGUCCUGGAGCUAGUAAAUUUGUAUUCUUCAUUACAUAUCUUGCACAAUUAUAUGGUCCCUUGAACCAGCUGGGCUACAUCUAUCGCUCGGUCAAUCAAUCUCUUGUUGAUACGGAGAAACUUUUGGCCCUGCUUAAUGAGCCAACGGAAGUCAACGAUAAGGAAAAUGCUGCAGAUCUCGUAGUGUAUAAUGGAGAAAUCGAAUUCGAAAAUGUGCACUUUUCAUACGAUGGACGGGCUUCUGCUCUCAACGGAGUAUCUUUCAAAGUUCCGAAAGGUGGCUCUCUAGCUCUUGUCGGAGAAUCAGGCGCAGGAAAAUCCACCAUUCUUCGCCUUCUGUAUCGUUUUUACGACUUGGGGGAAGGUCAAGGUAGAAUCCUGAUUGAUGGUCAAGAUAUCAGAGACGUUACACAGAAGAGUUUACGGCAAGCAAUAGGGGUGGUUCCUCAGGACUCCGUUCUGUUUAAUUCAAGUAUCCGUUACAACAUUGGAUAUGGUAAAUUCAAUGCUACUAUGGAAGAGAUCGAAGCUGCAGCCAAGUCCGCUCAAAUGCACGAGCGAAUCAUGUCCUUCCCUGAAGGUUACAAUACCAAAGUUGGUGAACGUGGCAUUCGGUUAAGCGGUGGAGAAAAACAACGAGUAGCCAUCGCCCGAACUUUGCUUAAGAAUCCUCCCAUUCUUCUAUUGGAUGAAGCUACAAGCGCCUUGGAUACUUCCACUGAAAAGGAUAUUCAGAAGGCUCUGCAAAAUCUGGUGAAGGGGAGAUCUUCUGUGUCUAUCGCUCAUAGAUUAUCAACGAUAGCAUCCGCUGAUGUGAUUCUCGUCCUUAAGGACGGUCAAGUUGCUGAGCAAGGAAAUUUCAAGGAACUUAUAGAACUUGAUGGCCUUUUCGCAUCGAUGUGGGCAGAUCAAAUAUCAUCAAAUGACGAGCUUGCUGUUUCCUUUUCUGACACUUCUGUCAAAAAGGAAGCUUCGGGUUAUAAUGUUGGGGCCACAAUUCCUUCAGAGGCACAUGCAUUUGAACAUGCCGUUGAGGCAUCCGCGGCUGAAGCUAUUGAUACGGAUAUAUCCCCAGUACCCGCCACAUCGAAUGACGAACAUCAACCAGAGGUUUCUAGUCAAGUGGAUUUCCCUCAAACUAAACAUGACUCUCUUGUCGAUUCUACACCAGAGUCCGAUCCCCAACCUUCACAAGAGGACUCCAAUGUUCAAUCUGUAGUUAUCGACGAACAACAGGGCACGCAAACGAAACUACCAGCCGUUACCUCUGAAAUAGCCAGCCCUGUCGCAUCUGCACCCAUUGCAUUCCCAAGUUCUGAUUCUUAUUCUGAUAUUCGAAGGGAGGAAACCCCUCCUCCCAUCGUUUCUCCUCCUACGGUAUCCUUCCCUGCUGUGACAUUUGGUGCCAGUGUUAAUUCUCCCCCUUCGCGGAUUGGAACACCUGACCCAGAAAGCGAACCAAAGAGGAAGCGAAUAUCUUCACAAAAUUUCCAGAGAUUAGCGAGGAGGAUAUCUCUCACCACUCGACGAGGUUCGUCAUCUUCCGGUAUACCCGGUCUUAAGCGCGAGCAGUCUCCCAAAGUGUCCAUUGACGACAGUCGCCCGGAGGGCAGCGGAGCAGGCUCUUCAAAUGAUAGUCCUGCUGCGAGUGUCAAGGGCGACGAUAAGGGCAAGCUGAAGAAGAAGGAGAAGAAGGAGAAGAGCAAGAAGAACACUAUGUAG